AACUUUGUUACCUUAAAAUUUGUUAAAACAACAACCCAAAAAUAUUCUUUUAUGAUAAAAAUGCAAGAACAAUAUGUUUUGAGAGAGAUAAACGAUUUCGAUACAGAGCACAGUCCAUCGAUGCUUCGAUAUAGAUCUUUAUCGUAUCCAGACCUAAACAGCAAUCAGCCAAGAACUAAUUCAAGACCCUUUGCUGCACCGAGGCCAUUUCCCGCAUCUUAUCAAUAUCGUGAAAGUCGUCCACGCACCGUAUCACCGCCGUGGCCGAUUUUUAAACCAGAAUGCGGCCCAGUACCAAUACCAAUCACAUGCCCAACUUGCCAUGCGUACUCACAUACACGAAUCAAGAGAUCACCAACAAUUAAAACACAUUUGAUGUCGUUACUUUUAUGUACUUUAUGGCAAAGGGGUCUAACAAGAAGAAAAAGAAACCAAAAAAAACAAGAUUUUCGCUAAAAUAAACUUGUCGCGAUAUCAAAUCAAAACUUCCCCAAGCACAACUCAGCAAUUUAAACUUUUUAUGUUCGCAAUGAGAUAAGAUAAGCAACUUAUAUCAACAAAAAAAUCUACAAAAUUUGCAUACACCCAACACACAUAUGGAAGACAAAAGCGACUGAAAUGAAGAAUUACUUUCAAUUAAGAACUCGUGUC